AUGCGCCUAGGGGUGCUGCGGUGGGGAGGCAGCAGGGGGCCUCCCCUGCCCGAUAGGGCUUUCGGAGGCCGCGAUCCCCGAGGGUUCCUAGCUCUAAGGUCCCCGCUUACAGCUGCGCGGGGCAGAGCGAGCAGGGCGCAGCGCCGCGGCCGGGGCAGGAUGCGGAGCCUCGCGUUCACCGGCUUUACCCGCGAGACCAGACCCCUGCAACUCCCCAGCCAGCAAGGCCGGGACGUGCUUCGGGCAUCUGUGUGCUCCCCAGGGCCCGGGACGUUCGGGGCGCUGAGCCGUCCAACGUCUGGGUUCCAGCCCCGGUCCCGUAGAUCCUCCCGGCUGGACCCGGGUCCUGGGUGCACCCGCCCGCCCUGCCGAUGUCCCAGUGCCGGGGCCAGGGGUCGCAGGGCCUCGCGAACGCCCGGCACGCACGGACCGGGGCGCGGGCUCGGCAGCCGCAGCUCAGUGCGCGUGCGCCAGGUAGCGGCAGCCCUGCGUGCUUUCCGUACUCCGCUUGCGGUAUGUACCCGCCGCUAUUCAGCUUCCGCGCUAAUUAGCAGUCGCGGUGUGCCGCUACGUGCGGACUCUCAAGGAGCUCAGCCUCCCGGACGGAGCCGGCGGCAGCGGGGCGAGGACGGCGGCGCGGCGAGGACGGCGGCGCGGCGAGGACGGCGGCGCGGCGAGGACGGCGGCGCGGCGAGGACGGCGGCGCGGCGAGGACGGCGGCGCGGCGAGGACGGCGGCGCGGCGAGGACGGCGGCGCGGCGAGGACGGCGGCGCGGCGAGGACGGCGGCGCGGCGAGGACGGCGGCGCGGCGAGGACGGCGGCGCGGCGAGGACGGCGGCGCGGCGAGGACGGCGGCGCGGCGAGGACGGCGGCGCGGCGAGGACGGCGGCGCGGCGAGGACGGCGGCGGACCGGGGCAGCCCCGCGCCCUGGCCAGGAUUUCCAAAGAUGAUGUUAAACCCAGCCACAGUUCUGAUCUCCAGGAAAGCAAUUGCUGUGGUACAAAAGGACAAGGGUUAAAAGAGAACAGUGGGAGCUCUCUUUCCCAACUAACUCACGCAGUGUGACGCAGAG